AGGUACAAGUUAACCUAAAUGCCUAAACAUCGUUUUAUUUAUUUAUAUUUGUGUAUAUUUCCAUAACGAAACUAUUGUAUUGUAUAUAUAUUGUGUAUUACUUUUAACAAGAAAUUUUACUGGCACCCAGCUAUAAAAUUCUCUUCUCUGUAUUGUUAUAUUUGAGGUCAUACUUUUACUAACUGACUGAAAAAAUUAUGUCGGGCUCGGGUAGAGGUAGAGCUUGGUUAAGAUUGCCAAAUUCUGUUCCUGUAAGACCAGGUCCAGAUUCAAUCUCAAAUGAUUCGUUACCCGAAGAUAAAAACAGUUAUUCUGAUUUAAUCGAAAAUUUUCAAAUUUUAAAUAUGGAUGAUGAUGGCAUUGCCAUAAAUAACAAAAUAUAUCAUAUAAGAGCAGAGUUCAUGGUUAAGUGCCCUAACAUUAAUUUAAUAAGUGAAGCAGUUGAAGCUAUACACGAGGAAUGUUUAAACAAUGAAAGCUUUUCAAAAAAAUUCAUUCUGUUCAUAUCUUCAGCGCAUUUUGAAAACAAGCAAAAUACUGAAGAUCAAAUUCUUUGGAGAAAUACAGUUCGAAAAACAUUUAUCACAUGUUUACAGAAUGAUUUUGAAGAGAGGGAAAGAAACAGGGAAAAAUGUCCGACAAAGUUUUUUAAUGGUGUGAAAUUGUGUAGUAGUUUCUUUCACAAUAUUUCAAAAUUUCAAUCUAAAGUUUAUCCUACGGUAGAAAAAGCAGCUAUUCUAGGCUAUUUACAACUUCUACUGAAUUAUAAUACUCCUAAGGAUAUAUCAAUGAUUACCCAUUUGGUAUGUUGUCACUCUUCAGUGAUACUUAGCCUGCUUGACGAUGAGUGCCAACCAUAUAAGGAAUUACUGAAUAAACUCAAGCUAAUGAUAAUUUCCAGUUCAUCACUGCCUGAAUCUCAAAGAUUUCUCAUAUUCUUUACUUAUGAGGUGUUGACACAUAGAUACAAUUUAAAGGAAGAUGAAUUGGAGUUUUAUAGGAGCAAUAUGAGUGAUGUUGAUUUCUCUGAGAUAUUGGUUUUAUUGAGCUAUCUACCACAGCCUGCUCCCAAUUACAACAAGCGUGACAAACGUACUCAGACUCAAAAAGACAGUAGUCAACAAGAUUAUUCUAGCAACCAAUGGUUACAAUGUGACAACUGGAAGAAGGCAAAAGAACAAACUGGUCAUACCUUCAAAGAAAAUGGAACCAAAAAAAUAUUCCCACAACUAUCAUCUGAACAAAGCUUCAAGUUAUCUGAAGAAAAUAUCUCGUGUUCCACAUCUGAGCAAUCUGAAAGAAUUAAGCUUGGUAGACUUGGAAUCUCAGAGGAACAACCAACUUAUAACGCAAAUGGCUUCAGAGUUGUAUCGAAAGAUAGUAAUUUUGUUCCCAAUAAAAAAGAUCUUUUGAGGGAGCAUCCCAGUGAUGGUUUGAGUACCCAGGAAAGAGUUGGUAGGCCUAUUUUAGGUGUAGGUGCAAGACUUAAAAAAAUGUAAUUCAUUUCAAUUUGAUUUGAGUGGAAAAGGUAGGAUGUACUUUAUUUAUAAUUUUUGAAGAAUCCAUUGGAUUUUUUGUCUUCAGUUAGGGCUUACUAUAAGGUUUUCCAGAGAUCUCUCAUGGCAUAUAUCAAUGAGGCAUAUUCCAAUAAUUUCGAAAUUAUGAUAGAAAAGGAAUGUUUCAAUCAAAUUUCAUUCAAUUGGAAUUCACUGCCUUUGUUAUUUAUUUUUUAUCACAGUUCAAAAUGGAAUUUUAUGGUGGAAAAUGUAUUUGUAAAGAAAAUAAUUCAAAAUUAUUUGUGAUAUUUUGUGAUUCAUUGUAAUGAUUUUACUUCACAAUUUUAGGUACUGAAACAGCUUUUACUUUAAUGAUUGAAAUAUCAAAAUAAUAUUUUUAUUACUUUUAUUAUUUCUGAAGAAAUUCUGAUGUAUAUAUUUUAUACAAUGUAUUCAAUUGACUAUACGAUUUUUCAUUGCUGCACAUUUGAUAUUUUAGGAAAAUAAUUGAAUGUCAUUAUUAUGAAUGAAUUGUUUUACAUGUGAGACAAAAUUUGCUUAAAGUCGUACUAUAUGUAAUUAAGAAUGUAGUUUUAAUAUAAGCCUGUUCUUGACGAUUUUUAUAAAAUUGUGUUUGAGUGCAAUGUUUUUUCUAUGGAAAAAACAUGUUAUUGCAGGUAAAUUGAUAUGGAAUGUAUUGAUAUAGCUGCAAUAUGAUAGCAAUCUCAUAUAGAAUUGAGUGGAAAAAACUGACAAAUAUAUAAGUAAAAACAA